AUGGAUGAUGACAUUCUUGAUAAAUUGGAUGGUGAUGUCAGCACCACCACCGACAAUGUAUACCUCAAUGCCUCUUCCAUCAAUGGUCUUGUCACCGAUCAUGAUGAGCUCCUGCUUGAGCGUGAUGAACAUGCUACGAGCAAAGAUGAUCCACAAUCAGCCAUUACAAUGGACCACCUUUCCUCCAAUAGUGUUUCUACCAAAGCCCUGAACACAAUCUGCAAGCUUCUACCUGUUGUCGACCUAGUUGGGGUCACACCUCUAGCACCUACCAAUGGUGUUUGUGGCCAUGUAUGGACCUUUAUAACGUCCUCUCAAGUUCCUUCUUAA